UCACUUUCAUUAGAACACAGCUCCUAAAGAUGAAGAAGUAAACAGAUUUGUCACAAACCUAAAAAAAAAAAAACACACAACAAUGAGUGACACUAAAACGGUGCGUUUUGGUCUUCUUGGAUGCAUCAGAUUCGCUUCAAAGUUCGUCAGAACAGUAACACAAUCCUCAAACGCCGUCAUUAUCGCCAUCAGCGAUCCAUCACUCGAAACAGCUAAAACCUUCGCCGCCGCCAACAAUUUAUCGCCGGAAACCGUCACAAUAUACGGAAGCUACGAAGAACUACUAAACGAUGAAAACGUUGACGCCGUUUACUUGACCAUGCCGGUGACGCAACGAGGGAAAUGGGCGGUGACCUCGGCGGAGAAGAAGAAGCAUGUUCUUGUUGAGAAACCACCGGCUCAAGACUCGACGGAGCUGGAGAAGAUUGUGGAGGCGUGUGAAUCUAACGGUGUUCAGUUUAUGGACGGUACGAUUUGGUUGCAUCAUCAACGGACGGUUAAGAUUAGAGAUACGAUGUUUGAUUCUGGAUUGCUUGGAGAUGUUCGCCACAUGUAUAGCACGAUGACUACUCCGGUACCGGAGCAAGUAUUAGAAAGACUGACUAAAGAAGCUAUGGGUUUAGCCGGAGCUAUAGGAGAGCUUGGGUGGUACCCUAUAGGUGCAGCUUUAUGGGCUAUGUCUUACCAAAUGCCGAUAUCGGUCAGGGCUCUUCCCUCCUCUGUCUCCACAAACUCGGUUGGCACUAUCUUGUCCUGCACUGCCUCUCUUGAGUUCGGUUCAACUGCAACCGCAACCGCAAUUGUCCAUUGCUCUUUCCUCUCUCAACUUUCGACCGACUUAGCUAUCUCAGGAUCAAAAGGGUCGAUUCAAAUGAAUGACUAUGUGAUACCCUACAAGGAGGAUACAGCUUGGUUCGAAUACACAAGUGGUGCGAAGUUUGUGGACAUGCACAUUGGUUGGAACGUGACACCGGAGAAAGUUACAGUGGAUUGUGGCGGAACUGCGGAGACUCAAGAGGCAAUGAUGCUAAGAGAGUUCACGCGGCUUGUCGAAGGAAUCAAGCGGGGCGAUUUAGAGGCUGAUCGUAGGUGGGCCGAGAUUAGUAAGAAGACGCAGUUGGUGGUUGAUGCUGUGAAGAAAUCUGUCGAUAUUGGUUGUGAAGUGGUUCAUCUAUAAAACUUGAAGAGAUCUUCUGCUAAUUAGAUUUUGAUAUUUAUAUUAGUGUUAUUGAUACAUACACAUGUUCUGGUAACUAACUUUUAUAAGUCGAAGAUGAUAUGUACUUCCAUAUUUUUUAUUUGGUACUCCAUGUACAACAAAGAAGCUCCAUAAUUCGAUAAAGCUAACUAGAAAAUAUAAAAAUACUUUCUGUUU